CGGUAGAGCUGCUUACUUUGACAUUUGCUUUCAAAUCUUGAAAGCACAAAACUACAAUAUCUCAGUUAUUUCAAUCCUCUUUGGCAUCCCCAUAUAAAUGAAAGUGUGGCAACUUUAUGUUUUUGUUUACAUCUUAAGACACAUUGAUAACUAACAGCGCCAUAAUUUUUCAUACUCGCAUUGUAGACAAAAUUUUUCCAAUAAAAUGCAGUAUUUCAACAAAGUUAAAAGUACUAAUAAUACUUUGAUACGAUAUGACUAUAUGGAAAAGUUUAUGGAAAUAUUUAAAGUAUAUUUGGCUUUUGUUAAUUUCGUGGAUUUGGUUUGCCCCAACAGCAGUCGCCUAGUAUGGACCAGGGAAGAGUUUUCACAGAAUGAGCGCGACAUGCAUAGUCUUUUCAAUCAAAUAUUGGAUCUGAUAAAGCAAAAAAAUAACCGGGAGUUUCGUAAAUUUACACGUAUAAAUGUCAGCACAUUUGAGCGUUUGCUGCGAGUGUUAAAGCCUAAGUUGGUCAAGUAUUCGCAAAGAAAACCGAUACCCCCAGAAUGCCGUUUAUUGAUUACACUAAUAUAUCUGGCCUUUGAUACACCUCGUCCCUUACUUUCAAUGGCAUUUCGCUUGGGCCUAUCUACUUUGAGAAAAAUUAUUUUGGAAACAUGCGAAUGCAUAUCAACUGAACUGUCCCAAUACUUUGUGACAACUAUGAAUGAUGAGGACUACUAUGAACUUAGCGAUGCAUACAUGGAGGCAACAGGCUUACCAAAUUGUGUGGGCGGUUUUGAUGCAUUGCAAUUUCUGACGGAGCGUAAAACGCGGGAUCCCAUAGUUAUGUUAGCAUCAUGCAACACCAAAUACCAAAUUAUUAACGUUGACGUCGGUCUGAUUCACGAAGUCGUUGAAAAUGAUAAUUUUGUCAAAAAUUUGAUUCAAAACAAUCUGCCAUCUUUACCCGCAGAUAUGCAAAUGCCCGAUACUGGCAUUGUGCUGGCCUCGUAUGUAGUCACACCAAGCACAUUUCCUUUGAUAAAACACACCAUGCGACCCUAUCCGGGUAAAAUGUUACGGCCAGAUAAAAGUAACUUCAAUGAACGUUUAAAGAAGUGUUCAGACUAUCUUGAUAAUUCCUUUGGAGUGCUGCUUUACAAAUGGAAAGUAUUGCAAAAUAAGUUCACAUGCUUACCUGAAACAGCUUGUCAUAUAGUACAAUCUUGUGUAAUACUACAUAAUUACGCUAUAGAACAUGACCGCUCCUACUUUUACAAGGAACUGGUGGAUAACUUUGAUCCAGACACACAACAGUAUAAAAAUGGUGUGUGGAGAGAAACUUUAACACUACCCAAGUCGAAUUUGUAUGAAAAUUUUCAACAAAAUUCCGACGAUGUGGGGUUUGUUAAUAGAGAUUUAUUAAAGGAUUACUUAUAUAGAGAAAAUAUGUAAUGUUAAUAAGAAUAAUAUCAAUAAAGUUAAGAGUCGUAUAUCCUA